GCGGAGCGGAGCAGUGGCAGGUUAACGAUGACGACGAAGAAGGCGACGAUGGUGAUGGUGAUGACGAUGGCGAUCAUGGGUGAAGCUCUUGCGUUCAACCUUGAUGCAUCCAGCAUGCUGCAGCACACAGGAGCGAGAAGCAUGAAGAAGGGAAGGAGGGCAAUGCUUGAAAAGUUGAGGGGUAGUCCCCGCCUUGGCAGUGUAAGGAUGUGCCAGGAUGAAGGAAGGAGUGUGGACGAGGACAGGAAGCAGGAUGCCCUCAGGAAGCUUGCUGCGGUGGAUUCGAAGCCAUCAUUGGGGAAGAAGGAUGAUCCUGACAAGGACGCGGAUUCCUCUGUGAUCGAUGGAUUGAUCAAGUGGUUUAAGUCGGAUGAGGGGAGGGAGGAGGCGCUUCAGUGGACCAUCACGUUUGUCAUUGCGAUAUCCUUCCGUGUCUUCGUGGUCGAGCCCCGCUACAUCCCCUCGCUCUCCAUGUUUCCUACCUUCCAUGUUGGCGAUAUGCUGGCCGUCGAGAAGAUCACCCACUACUUCCGCCCUUACCAGCGGGACGACGUCGUCGUGUUCCGCGCUCCUCCUGCCUUCGCCGACUACGUGGACGAGAGCAAGGCGAACGAGGAUCUGAUCAAGAGGAUCAUUGCGGUUGAGGGAGACACGAUCAAGAUAACCAAGGGGAAGGUGUACAUCAACGAGCAGGAGGUGAAGGAGCCUUUCAUCAACGGCCCUCCCAACUACGACUUCGGCCCCGUCACUGUGCCCGCUGGCUGCGUCCUGGUGCUGGGAGACAACAGGAACGCGAGUUUGGACUCUCAUAUCUGGGGGUUCCUUCCUAAGGAGAACAUCAUUGGACGGGCUGUCUUCAAAUAUUGGCCGCUCAACAGAGUGUCUCUUGUCCAGUCAUGAUCCUUUUGUUGUCAAAAACAAUCAAUCUCUCUG